CCGUGCCGUGUUGUUCCGCGCUGUGUCGUGUCGUGCCGUGCCGUGCCGGCGGGAUGGAGGAGCGCUACAGCAAGGCUGAGACCCUCGCCCUGCGGAGGAAGCACAUCGGGCCUUCCUGCAAAGUUUUCUUUGCCAAGGACCCUCUGAAGAUAGUGCGUGCUCAGGGCCAAUAUAUGUUUGAUGAGAAAGGAGAAAAAUACUUAGACUGUAUCAACAAUGUUGCACAUGUUGGCCACAGUCAUCCAUACGUGACAAAGGCUGCAACAAAACAGAUGGAACUGCUCAAUACAAAUUCCCGGUUCCUGCAUGACAACCUUGUUCAGUAUGCACAGCGUCUUACAGCCACCCUGCCUGAGAAACUUUCCGUUUGCUAUUUUGUUAAUUCUGGGUCUGAAGCAAAUGAUCUUGCUUUGCGACUGGCUCGGCAGUACCAUGGGCACCAAGAUGUGAUCACCCUUGAAAAUGCUUACCAUGGCCAUAUUACAUCUCUGAUUGACAUCAGUCCCUAUAAAUUUAAUCAGCUGGGAAAGGACAGCAAGAAGGAGUUUGUGCAUGUGGCUCCUUCUCCAGAUAUCUACAGAGGGAAAUAUAAAGAAGACCACCCAGAUCCAGCAAGUGCUUAUGCUGAAGAGGUGAAAAAGAUUAUUGAAGAAACACAGAAGAAUGGACGUAAGAUUGCUGCCUUUAUAGCUGAAUCCAUGCAGAGCUGUGGAGGCCAAGUAAUUCCACCUGUGGGCUAUUUCCAGAAAGUGGCAGAGUAUGUGCGUGCGGUAGGUGGAGUGUUCAUAGCUGAUGAAGUCCAAGUUGGCUUUGGCAGAGUUGGGAAGCAUUUUUGGGCAUUCCAGCUGCAAGGUGAAGACUUUGUGCCUGACAUUGUCACCAUGGGAAAACCCAUUGGCAAUGGCCACCCUAUGUCUUGUGUGGUCACAACAAGGGAAAUCGCUGAAAGUUUUGGUGCUUCGGGGAUGGAGUAUUUCAAUACAUUUGGAGGCAAUCCAGUGUCUUGUGCUAUUGGUUUGGCUGUGCUGGAGGUAAUAGAACAAGAAGAUCUUCAAGGAAAUGCUACACGUGUAGGAAAUUAUCUCCUGGAGUUGCUGGCUGAGCAAAAGGAGAAACAUCCCUUAGUGGGAGAUAUUAGGGGUGUUGGAUUGUUUGUUGGAGUGGAUCUGGUGAAAGAUCAACGAAAGAGAACACCAGCCACAGCUGAAGCCCUUCACCUUAUUUACAAGCUGAAGGAGCAUCAAAUCCUUCUUAGUGCAGAUGGACCCCACAGAAAUGUACUAAAAUUUAAACCACCAAUGUGUUUCACAAUGGAAGAUGCAAAACACGUAGUGGAGACAAUUGAUGCACUUCUCACAGAAAUUGAAGAGGCCACUGGAAUGAAGACAGAAAAUAAUGCAUCUGCAAAUGCACAGUAUAAAAGAAAAACAAUGGAAGGGAGCUCUCAAUCGGAAGGUUCAAAUGAAAGCAUCAGCCAUAUCAAUGGAGCUGCCUGCAGACAAGAAAAUGGGCUUUACUCUAAAAAAUGCUCACUGACAAGUGAAACAAUAAGAACAUGAAGAAGGAAAGUUUCCUCAUUCAGUUUGAAUUUGUAUCCGGAUUGCUUUCAAGAAGAAGAGUGCAACAGUCCUGUGAUCUGUUUGAAGCCUAGUCCUGCCUUCCAUAAGCUGAUUGAAUUCCUGUUAGCUUCAGUAGGAGUUUAAAAUACCUUUUCAGAUACAUGAGCGGCAACUGCACCAUGUGGCUUGAAAUCUAGAUGUGACAGAAUGGACAAGUGAUACAUAAAUACCUUGGUGCUGAUGGCAGAUUUGACAUAGGUACACAAACUCAGUGAAAUCUGUGCAUUUACCUGUAUUACACAGAAUCUGAAUUGCUUAACCACCUUACAAGCAAAUGCCAAUCCUAUUAAGUUUAAAAUUAUCUGCUUAACAUGCUAUUUUAACAAUAUUUUAAAUUUCAAUAUUUAAUAUUGAGAUGUUAAUUACUUCCCAUGUUUUAAUGGCUGAAUUCACAAAACAAUGCUUGAGAGAGAAAUCGUUAUUAUCUUCCAGUGUAACUUAGGUCCUAUGGACCAUAUUCCCAGCUAAUGUAAAUUGGUGUAGCUUUGUUAAUGUCAACGAUGUUCUAUCAAGAGUCUACCACUGUGUGUGUAGAGACAUGUUGUUUAUGCAGAGCAUUCUCACUUUAUGUUCAAAGAAAAUGGUGAUUCUGGAUCCUAAUUUUCUAUGGAUAAAGCAACUUUUAUAGAUAACUAUUUAUAGAGAGUAAUAUUUUAUCUUUUUUUUUCUUUUUUUUACCCAAAAUUUUAUAUCUUCCCUUUCAGUCCAAAAAAUAUGCAAAUAGAAUAUAUGUCAUUUCAGACACACUGAUAGAUUGAAUUUAACCUGAGGGUCUCUCAAAAUGAGGUUCCCGCGAACAGCCCAGGUUGUAUUCCCAUGGAUUUUAGUUGUUUUGAUCCAGUUGUAGCAGUGCUGUUACUUUUUGUCAGUGGUGAUGAAGAGUCACAUACCAGUUGCAUGGGAUCCUGACACGUAAAUAGCUAUGUUAACAUUUGACAGAUUACUAAAAUGAGAGGACCACUGCAUAAGACAUGCAUGCAACCACUGACUAACUGUGCUGCAGAUAUUUUAGACUUGACUUGUCAGUGUUAAAUUUCAACAAAAGCACAGAAGCCCUGCUUCUCUUUAAUACAUGUAAAACUCCAUGCUAUAGAAGAUACUGGGGGCUUUACAAAUGGUUUGUACUUCAGAAAGAAAGGACAAAGUAUAUUUAUUUCCUCUUAAAUUUUAAUACUCUGAGUUCUGCUUUUUUGUAAUUGCUGCUAAUGACCCUACUGAUAUGUCUGAAAAUUGAGCACCUUAUCUAAUUUCGUGUUUUCCUCAGUUUGCUGUAUUAAUAUUGAUGUUUCUAGUGUAACAUCUUCCAAUAUCUUCAAGCUGGCUUAUUUUCUGUUUCAUGAUCCUUGAAUAAUUCUUCCAUAAAAUAAAUCUCUUACAAAUUAUUUGUAAUUAUGAUGUCCUCCACAAAGAGGUUUUUUGUUUUAAUUUUAUUCUUCAGUAACACCUAUUUGAUGAGGGAAGUAACUUCAGUUUUGGCUGGGGGUUGUCUCCAUGCCAAAGCAGAACUGUGUUUUCCUGAGGCCCUGCGUGGCUCUCAGCUGCUGGCAGCUCUUCACUUCUAAGCCAGAUGCUACCUCAGCUGCCUCAAUUCAGCUCCUGCUAACCCUGCACCAGGAAGGAGGCCACAGGUCUUUCAGAACAUGAAAAUACGCAAAGACCUUAAGUCAAACUAAUUUGGUGUGCAUCCAAAGGCGCGGUUUAGGUCAGUCCCUGUAUGGAGUGCAGCUGCUUAUGUAUUAUACCUCAUCCAUUGCAUGCAGCAGCAGCAGCACUUCCCAGCAAGCAAAUGCUUGUACAAUUUAUUGAAAGGGUUAAGCUCAAAGGCACAGAGAUCACCAGUCUAUACUACGGGCACUGGCUGUUGUGGCAGGUCAUUAAGUUUCAAAAGGAUGUCAAAGAAAGAACAACAACAAAAAAAAUAUAUCCAAUUAGCCUAAAUCUGAGGGGAGGUGAAGAUUAAAACUUCAUAAACACAAGGAGCCUGUACCUCUACCUCUACUCUGUCUUGCUUCUGCACACACUUGAAAUAAACGGACAACGAUUCCCCCAAUUUACUAGUGUUUUUCACCCAGUUUCUGCUUCACAAGUGAGGAAGCUCUCUAGCUAUUGGUUCUGCUCAUGAUGCAAGAUGCAAGUUACCUAGAGCAACUAAGUCUUCUAUUUUCUUUAAACAAGAGAAGCUGUCACUUCGAUGAAGCACAUGAAAAAAAAACCAAACACUGUCAUUUAAAUGAAGGAAUCAAUCCAGCAGUAACCAGGAGUUGAGCUGGAUCUACUAGAAUUGCUAUUAUUAUAUCAUUGUUAAUGUUCCUGCAGUAUCUCAUAGUCCACCUGCAAGAUACUGUGAAGGGCUUACUAAUUAAACGACUAAAGAAUGGGAGAGUGGAAGCAGAAAUAAUUAAGGCUAAACACAGAGAAAGUAGUUCCAGUCAGCUGAACUGAUCAAAUAUAUUCCCUCCACUGAACAGGUAAGGCUUUUUUCCCCCUUUCCGACUGUUUCCCUUUUUCUUCUUUCUACCUCUCCUGUCCUGCCUGUGUAAUUCUUGGCUAUAGCCGUAUGGUUCAACCUCCACCCUGGCCCUUACAUUCAUCAGAUGUCUCUGUAAGCCAGUUCAACUCACUAACCUUGCAAAAAAAAAUAAAACCAUCCUUUUUUCCCCGUCA